AUGGCGAUGUUGAUGUAUAAAAUUCGGAAUGUUAAUUACCAGGAGGUAACAGUUAUUAUUAACAUCUUUCCCAUAGCGUUAUCUGAUCUGAUCAACUAUCACUCAUCGGAACUUCACACGGAACUUCCUCGCAUUCUCGUUAGAAGCCAUAACAACAUUUGUAAAGCUAUUGAAUUGCUUUUGCAAAACAUAUCUUAUCCUGAAAAUAUAUGGUAUAAUGGUGGUGGAGGAAAGCGAGUUGAAAUCUCUUAUAAGGAAUGGCUAGAAGAUAUAUGUCUUGAUUAUGCCAGAGAAUAUUUUGGUCAUCCGAAGGAAAGCGCGUUGAAAGAGGUACUCUUGUUUCCUCCAUACUACAUUGUCAAUGACAAAUUUUCACAAAUUUUAAACUGGGCUACAUAUUUCUUAAAACAAGAAUAUGGAGUUGGUGCUGUUAUAUGGCAGUAUGAUUUAAUUGAAUACUUCCACUUCUUGCAAUUGCAGGAUAGUUUAGACUUCGAUCGCAUUGGAUGUUGUCAAAAUAGAAUUUUAGUGAUAUGUCCGACACCGUUAACUAUAUUUAACAUCCGGUACACGGACGCAUGUGAUAUCAAUUCUGUCGUUCAUGAGUUGAAACGUGGCGAACAAGAUAUAACAUACUUUUGCAUAGCACACAAAGAUUCUCUCCUGUCCACUCAAAUCACUUUAAUCAACACAGUAGCCGCGCCUAAUUUCAGCGACAAUAACUUAAUUUGCAGGGAAUGUUCAGUUGCGAAUAAAGAAAUGUUGACUACAGCAGACAGCUUCGCUCAUUUCCUGAAGGAACAAAUAACAUCAGAAAACACUGAAGAUGUAGAAAAGGAUGAAACUGUAUUAAAAAUUGUAGGUUUUAUAACUGCUUUUAUGGCAAUGAAAGAAACAUUCACCUAUAACCAUGCAAUUUGUCGUGUCCCAACAUUAAGUAAAGAGGUGACAGAGCAAGUGAAAAGCAUGUUGAUGUUGAAUCCAUCUCAAUUGAAGGUGAUCAAUAGCAAGAAGAGUAAAAAGAUUGUUCUUGGUAACUUUGGAUCUGGAAAAUCGUUGGUUGGAGUAUAUCAACUACAAUAUUUAAUGUUGUCUGCAAGAAAAGAGACGCUGAUAUACUUUAUUGCGUGGUCAGAGAAAAGCGUGUUGGUCCAUCAUAUCAAACGGUUAAUUGCAAAUUUUUUCCAGAUGGAUUCAUUGGACAUGAAAGAAGGGAAUUUUAAGAUGAAGAAGGCCUCUUCGUAUGUAACCCAAAUCAACGACUUGAUGGUGCAGUUUGGUUUGCAAAAGUUACCCUCUCUUUCAUAUUUACUUUCUAUCUUAUUUGAACGACACUGCGGUAAACAAGUCCAUGUUGUUAUUGAUGAAUAUGAUGGAGAAGUUUUGGAUCGAGAGGAGGCAGAAAAAAUCAAUCAUUUUUGUCAAAGAGAGGAAGUGAAAAAAUCUUGCAUCUUAAUUAUUCCGCAUUCAUUGGAAAAACAUAGGACAUACGUGAAAAGUGGAAAAACACUGCCACAUGAUAAAUAUCAGUACAAAUACACAGGGAUGGAGAUUUUUCGCUUGAAAAAAGUCUUACGCACAACCAAACGUAUACAUGAAGUUGUAAAAACAUUUCAAGAGAAGCUUUGCCAUACCAAAAAAGUUUUUAAACAUCAGUUAUCGGAAGAAGAUGUUUCUCCCAAUACUGACGAAACACAAUCUAUUUUUGUGGAAAAUGAACUGGAUCAAUUUUCUGCUCACAAGUUGCACGAAUGCGAUUUGAAAGACAAUAGCAAUGUAAAAACUAGUCUUUCAAAAGAAGAAAAAGAAGAACAAGGACACGAAAGGCAAAAAGGAAAAGAAAAAGGAAGGGAUGUAGCAGGAGAUGAAAGAGAAAGAAAAAGAGCAAAGGAAGAAGGAGUAAAAGAAGGAGAGGAAGAAGAAAAAGAAGAAGAAGAAGGAAAAGUGAGAGGGAAAGGAGGAGGAGAAAAAAUAGACGAAGGAAAAAAAGAAAACGCCAGAGCUAGAGAAGAUGGAAAAGGACGAGAAGAAGAACCAAUUACAUCGGGUAUUACCCAAAGUUGUUUUACAAAAACGAAAAUGCAUAAGAGUGUAGAUUUUGAUUAUUUGGCAAAUAGUAUAGACGAAGUCGACUGCAGUGAUGAUGUCAGGACAGAAACGUCAUUCUCCUACCCGUAUUGUCACCUCAUUGGACAUAAAAUAGAAGGAGAGACACCGAAGUUUAUAGCCUAUAUUCGUUGGCCAGAUUCUGACGCAGAAAAGAUUACCCAAAUGGCAGUAGCUCUGAAAAAGUAUUUAUUGGAUGAAUCUAACAAACUAGUUUUAGCUCAAACAGAUCACAAUAGGUAUUUGUUUGAAAAGGCGUUUGAUUUAAUCAAACUAGAUUAUUACACGUGCUGCUGUUCGACAGACUGGCAAGUUCGAGACAAGAAAGGAGAAAUGGUGAGCAUAAUGUCUGAGCCUUACACGCUUAUAACUAAUUACGAAGGUUGUCGAGGUCUGGAAGCUGAGGAAGUCGUGGUUUGUAUUGAUGGUGUGCAUGAUUUGAAUCAAGUAUUCAUUGAACAUUGCAGCAGAUCAACGGGAAGACUUUUAAUCAUGUGUCAGCAGCCAUUUGAUUUAAAGCAUGCCGUCCACAGCACAAUGUGUGACACAAUGAUGAUGCUUUUUAAGAAGAACAUGAUACACUUGAUCAUUGUGGAAACAAAGAUGGAUGAGAAUACGACGAGAAAUUGUCACAGCAAAUUAGAAGAGUGGAGUGACGAGACAUGGGUUGAAAUUGAUGAACGCAAAAAUGAUUCUCUGUGUAGGGAAGUCGUGCAAAUUAACACUAGUGAAGACACAGCGUAUCGACGUUAUUUAGACGAAGCAGAUGAGUUUGAAAAAUAUGUUGGCCGAGAAGAAAUAAUGAUCAAUCUUAAAUCUUUGAUUCGAAAAAGACUUGAACCACCAUUCCCAGCAAAGGACUUGAAAGCAUACUACACAAGUGAUGAGACAUGUACAUUAUCUUGGAGAAAUGAUCAUUUUGAAUACACAGUACAAAUAGCAGAAAGUAAAAACAGUAAACAUCCAAAAUGGCGGGAUAUUGCAACAGCUAUAUCCUACUCAGAGUUGGUUGUUAAAGGGAUACAAAAUGACACAACUUAUAAUUUUCGUGUGUUGUCGACAAGCAGUUUUGGAUCAGUUGCAUCGAAUAUCGUUACUUAUCAUUCAAGAGAAUCGAAGUUACUGACUCAUACAAGUGAAAAUUUGAAGUAAAAGGUACAGAGAAUCUCAAUGCAACCUACGAAUUACCACAAUUUAAAUCCUUUCUUUAUGAAGAUUGUAGUGCGUGAAUUUUUGUGAAAACAACAUAAGAAGGAAAACAGCGGAUUCCAUCAACGACAAAAAUAAUAUUGUAGAGUGCAACUAUAUAGAUGUAAAAAAAUUAAAACAAAAAUCGAACGAAAAUAUUUGUACGCUAUGUUAUUUUAUGUAAAUUUUUAUUAUUUAAUUUCAAGAUGUUGUGUCUAAUUUA